GUAGGGAUAUGACAUUACUACCGUGCGACGAUCUGUAUAAGCGUAGAGGGUCUGGCCUUUCGUUGGUCUACUGUUCUUUGUUGUUUACGUUCUCUCCUACAGAACUUUAGCAUCAUUUCAUCUAGCAUUGCAUACAGCAGUCCCAUGAUGGACCAUAUGAAAGCAGGCCUACUCCUAGCCUGCGGUAAGCACUCCUUACCUCACAACGCUUCCCUUCCCAUCCUAACAAUCACCUAGCAACCCUCGCAGCCGCGCAAUAUGGAGGCUACGGCGGCGGCGGCGGCGGCAACCCAUAUUCCUCCGGCAACAACCCAUAUUCCAAUGGCGGCAACGGGGGCAACGGCCCCCCUGGCAACUCCUACGCCUCGCGCUUUGAGAACUUCCCAACCAUGAUCACCGCCCACGCCGUCCUCGCGACUCUCGCGUUUGGCUUCUUGUUCCCCGUCGGCGGUAUCAUGAUCCGUCUCGCCUCCUUCCCAGGCCUCUGGUGGGUGCAUGGUCUAUUCCAGAUCUUCGCCUACAUCCUCUACAUCGCUGCAUUCGCAAUUGGCGUCUACAUGGCGACGAACAUGCGGAUGCUGCAUCUGGCGCACCCCACGAUCGGCAUAAUCUUGUUCGUGGUGUUGCUAUUUCAGCCGUUCCUGGGGUUUGCGCAUCACUUCAUGUUCAAGAAACAUAGCCGCAGAGUUGUGUGGAGUUACGGACAUAUCUGGCUAGGACGGAUCGCCAUCACGCUCGGCAUCAUCAAUGGUGGCCUGGGACUGCAGCUGGCGCAACGCACGCGUGCCUUCGCGCCGAGUCAAGGCGUGAUCAUUGGAUAUGCGGUUGCUGCGGGUAUUGUCUGGUUAAUCUACGUCGCUUCGGCAAUUUACGGCGAGGUGAAGAGACGACGAUCGAGCGCGAAGGGCGAUAUCAUGCCGCCGCCGUCUUACGACGAGUCGCAUAGACAUAGGCAUGGACAUGGACGGCGGGAGAAGCCGCAGUAUGCUUGAACGGCCCUAUUGUACUCUACGUUGCGAUAAUGAUGGCGGGUGGAUGGCGUUGGGAGGCUCAACCUGUACAGAUACUGGACUAGUCAUAGCGUAGGCGGCGACUUGUGAAGAUCACGCUUUGGCAUAUGCUCCAUACACCUCAAGCACUAAUAUUCCAGUCUGUCCUUACAUUUUCACGCGGACUGUUGG